UGCCAGCUCGUAUAAAUUUCGGCUUGUUGUUUAUAAUUACGGAUUUGUUCGCCUCGCGAGGCUACACGAACGUCGCGAGAAAAACGUUCAAGAAUCUUCACGGUCGGAGAACGGAGUACGAAGGAAAAAAUCAUAGUCACGCACACAAUAUGUGUGCGAGGUAGCCGGAGGUAUACGACGAUACGAGCCGACAUACGGGGUGGCGAUUCGUUCCGAUGCCGCACGCCAAAUCGCAGGAAUAGUGCGCAACAAUUAAGUGCGAUUAUCGCUGCGUCGUCGCGAUUUACUCUUUCCCCGUUGUUUAAUCGUCUUUAUCUCUACCGCCGUCGAUUCAGUUUCAGGCAAGAUGUCCGAACAGUUUCUGGGUUGUACAGUUUCGGUGAAGUGUAUCGACGAUGUUGCUUACCAGGGUAAGAUUAUCGAUCUAAAUGAGGACAGUUUGACCCUGGCUAAAGCAUUUUGCAAUGGCAUGCCUCAUACUUCUUCCAUUGUUAGCUUGAGUGUGAAGGAUAUACAGAAUCUUAAGAUUAUAUCAAACGAGGAAGCAGGAAAUGUGAAUGAUACGCACAGUAAGGUGAUUGUAAAGAGACCGAUUGCGAAAAGGGUCGGGCGAUCUAUUUCAGAAUGCGUUUCAAAUGCGGUGCAAGCGGGAAGUUCUCAGACGCAGACGAAUUUCAAAAAGCCUGCGGAACCUAACCAGCAGCAAGUGGAGCAGACUCCUAAUGGGAAAAUACCUCCAAUCGAAAAUAAUGCGUCUUACAACAAAUCAAUCCCAAAAAAAUUAACUCACAGGCAAAGAGCACUAGAAAGGGAUGAACAUACCUUUGGUACUCCGAUUGAUCAGUCCCUACAGCAGGACUUUGAUUUCGAAAAGAAUUUAGCAUUGUUCAAUAAAGAGGCUGUGUGGCAAGAAAUAAACUCUUUGAAGCCGGAUAUCGUUAGGCAGUCGGAAAGCAAUCGAGGUAUCUACCGGCCUGACGAAAAUAUUCUUGUAUCCGAGCCUACAGUACUUAGACAGAUUGUGGUGCCUUGUCGUGGUGAAAAGGAAUAUGUUACAGACAACGGUCUAGUAAUUCCCAGCAUCACUCUCAACCUACAUCGGCAGUUAAUAGGUGCGGCAGAUAGAUUGGGAAUAAGUUGGGAACGCAGGGUGGAACUGCUCGGUCGCGCCGGUGCUGAACUUACCUUACAGCUGUUGGGCGGAAGUCAUCGGUUGAAUCCGAAUAAUGCGCAUCAGUGGCCCACUGUGGUCGCGCUGUGUGGACCGCAUCGUUCCGGCGCCGCGGGUAUCAACUGCGCCCGGCAAUUGUCCAGUCACGGUGUGAAGACGAUCGUAUUCUUGGAGAAUACGGAAGAUGUAUUUCUCCUGCAGGAGCUGUCGCUAUACAGGUUAACGGGGAACAAGGUAGAGACCAAGGUCAGGAAUCUACCAACGGUGGAUCUGAUAAUUGUAGCGCUCUGCGACGAGGAUUCGCCUAGAAUGAUUACUCCAAUAGCGAGAUGUUUCCAGAGUAAUCGAGCGCCCGUGCUGGCUAUCGAACCACCGGCGACGGGUACACCGGGUAUACCCAGUAAAUUCAGCCUGUUGGGUGCCCUACCGCUGUCGCACAGCGUCGACAACGGCAGAUUGUACCUGUGCAAUCUCGCGUUGCCAAACAAGGUGUACUCCGACGUCGGCAUCACGUAUAAAUCGCCGUUCGGACCUAAAUUCGUAAUUCCUCUACAUUCCAAUAACUCUUAGCAAAUUUUUAAGGAUCACGUCGUGUCUUUUUGAAUAGACGCCUCCGUUUUAUCAUGCGCGAUUUGUAAACCUCGUAUACAGGGAAAUAUAUUUUACUUCCGGAGCCCACUAAGUAACAAAGAGUUUAUAUAUAGUUUGGCGUUUGAUAUAAACUUUUAGAUGAACUUUUAGGGAAAAAAAGAGAGAGAGAGACAAAGAAAGCCCAUGGUGUACCAUAAUACUUUUCACAUUAAUUGCACGGUAUCCGCGGAUGACACAAUGCAUACUAUUUCCGAUAUUGUAAUACUUCAAAAGCUGUAUUUUAAAAUCUUGAUUGAGCAUUAUGCACUAUAGGUAAAGAAAACUAGAUAUUUUGUCUGUGAAGCUGUGAAAGGGCACCGUUUUAUUAAUAUGAGAUAGAAUCACUAUUGCUCCAGAUAUAAACGACAUACCCCUCCUAGGAAAAGGGUAUAAAUAUAUAGAUUCCUUCUUUACGGAUAUAACUCCAUGUGUAGCAGCACGAUUUUGCAUCGAUGCACAUGAGUAUCAUUAAAUAUGUAUUUGAUACAAUUGGAUAAAAAUUACAUUGUGCUUCGCGCACACGCGCGCGUGUCACACCACACA